GUUUGUUGAUGUGCUCUUCUGUUUCCGGUGUGGAUGCAGCCGCGGCAGCUGUUUAUGGUUCAUCCAAAAUGACCAAACUGCAGCUACUGAACGCCUACCUGACGGAGCGGCUGACGGUGGUGGUGAAGGAGAUCUUAGACGUGGUUGAGGACACGGUCAUCGAGUAUCGGGAGGAGACCGCCAGGACCAAGCGGGAGAACGAGAGCCUCCGGAGGCAGCUGCGGGACAUCCUGCUGCUGGAGGCCGAGACGGAGUGGCUGAGGUCCAACGGGUCCAGUCUUGGGCUAGAGUCUCCGGAGCAGAGAACCUGUGAUCCAGAGCUGCGGCCCCACUCCAAGGAGCCCGACUCUCCACUGAACCAGCAGGGUGUUUCUGUGCAGAGGGAUACUUCCCCCCUGCAAAAUUGGAAGCCAGCUGAUGCCUUGGAGCCCGCACUGAAGCCAGACCCUCAGACGAAGGACCCCUCACCUCCUCCAACUCACUCUUCCUCGGCCCCUAACAUCCAAAUUGAAAUCCCUGUGCUGAUAGAGGAGCCUCUGGCCCAAACCCUGAUUAAAAGUGAGCCUGAGGAACACACAGUGAGUGAACCUGACUCUGUGCAGGAGCAGGCAGCUGUCAGAAGCAGGACAGUGUUGGUGCGUGUAGACAGAGAGGAAGCUCACAGAAACAGGAAGUGCUCUCCUGAGAGAAUUGCAGGUGAUGACAGUGCAACAGCGGGUUACAUCCCCGAGCUUGUCCACCGCUGCCCCCGCUGCGGCGAGGCGUUUGGCCAUGCCGGCAGCCUGCGACUACACCUGGAGCAGAAGAGGAAGGCCUACGCCUGCGACUGGUGCUGCAAGUCCUUUGCGCAGUCGGCGGACCUGCGGCGCCACCUGCGCACGCACACGGGGGAGCGGCCACACCGCUGCACCUUUUGCUCCAAGAGCUUCAGCCAGAGGGGGAACCUGCGGCGCCACCUGCGCAUCCACACGGGGGAGCGGCCGUACAGCUGCCCCUACUGCUGCCGCACCUUCAGCGACGGAGACACCAUGAAGAAGCACAAACGCACACACUCAGGGGAGAAACCGUAUGGCUGCGAGCAAUGUUCCAAAUCCUUCACCAGCGCCAGCGGGCUGCAGAUACACUUAAAGAAGGACAUGUGCUACGCGGCUAACACCUAAUGCGCAGCUGCAGCAAGGACAUGCACAUCUGCGUAGAUUGGUGCAGGAAUGAGUCCUUAAACCCUGAAAUGAGUUAGCAUUGUAGCACUUCCUGUUCGUUCAUCUGGAAGUCAAUUACAUUUUUGUUUCAUUUUAUAAUUUGAAAGAAAAUUCAGCACUUUUUUAAUAAAAAAUAUUCAUUUACUUGUUCACGUUGCCGUGGUGCAUAAUGCUGCAUACAUAACACAGUUAGAGAAAUUAAUGUCUAAGGCUUUCAUGUGCCUUAAAAACAGUGGUUGCUAACCAGUUGCUAAAUGGGACUUCUUAACAUCAUCAUGCCCAACAUUAGCUGCCUUUAGCUUUGCGGUGGUGACUUGAAGUCACGUGACCGUGCUGUAGUUCCUCUAUAGCCUAACGUUAGCUUUGUACUUCUGGAGAUUGCAUUUACCCUUAAAUGUGGACAUUAUCCUGCUUAACAAAAUGUGUAAGUAUCAUUAACAUGUGUUUGCCACAUAAAACAUUUUCUGCAAGAUUUUAGAUUUCAGUGGAGAAAUCCUGUUGGCUCUUUGUGGAGGGAACCAGGGAGAUGCUAACUUCAGGUUCAGACUACAAAAAUACAUUAAUCCUGCACUGCUCCAUUAAUGUUUAUUCUAAGUAAAGGACGUUAGCAUUACAAGCCAGUGGGAUUUAUAAAAUGGUAGAUCUCUAUUUAUAUAUCUUUAUGUAUUAUUUGAUGUAUAUCAUAUUUUAUAUUGAUAUCAAAUAUGCCAAGUAAAUAAACAACUUCAACAUUUUAAUGAAGUCGCUGUAAAUUGUACCUAAGAACAGUACUUGAGUAAAUGUACUUGGUAUAUUUCCACCACUGGAUAUAUAGCGUCUAUAUAACUAUCCUGCUGGCUUGUGAUGCACCGGAUGAUGACAUUAUUUAUACUUUACUUUUGCUAUGAUUUCCUCCUGCUGAGAGUCUUUAAAGCACUUUGUUUGGAUUUACUCUGAAAGGGACAUGAAGUAGUCUAUAGGCAGCUACACAGUCGAACUUAUGUCAUACCUGCAUUAAUAUAUAUUUAUUUAUUUUGUAUUUCUCGAGUUGUGACUCUCCAGUGUAACACCACACUGGUUGCUGCACAACUCUUUUGAAUAUUGACAUAUUAUUUAUUUCCUUUUUUUUUUAUCAGUGUAUAAACUAUAUCUGAUCUCACAGCUCACAGUAUUCAUUUUUUUGAGAUAGUGAUUGGAAAUGCAGAUUAGAUAGCAGAUUUGUUUUUUUCUCUGAAAAACCAGAAAAGGUGUGUGUUAGCAGAUAGUUAUGUGUGUAGAUCUUUACUGUGGGAUUGUUAGUAUUUUGUAUUGAGCUAAAAAUCUUUUAGAAAAAUAAAUGUUCAGUCAAACUGUUGUCUCGAAAACGCUGAUUUCGAAUAAAGUUGUAUAUUUAGA